AUGUUGCCUCCUGGACUCAGGCCCCAGGCCCUGCCCUCCUUCUGCUUCUGUGUUCUGGUCCUGGCCUGUGUUGUGGCCCACCAGCAAGCGGUGCCCACAGAAUCCCCAAGCCCCCAACCAGGGCUAGUGAGUGGUUCUUGGAGCCUGCUGCCUGACAAGGUGAAGGUGCUGGUGACCAGGACCAGAGAGAAGUGGCAGUGGUUCUGGGGACCGGAGGCCUUCCAGGGCUUUGUGAAGACCUACUACGACGACCACCUGAAGGACCUGAGCUUCCGCUCCCAGGCCUGGCUCCGCAGCUCCAAAGACAGCCUUCUGAACCGGGCCUACAGCCUGUGCCCCCGGCUUCUCUGUGGGGACCGGGACUAG